AAAUUAUGUUUCAUAUAAAACUAGGAGUUCUAAUUGAUUUAUUAAAUUUUAAAAUCAUGUUGCUCGUGGGUUCCGUUUUAAUUGUAGUUCUGGUAGCUACUUCUACUGCUUAUGAACACCAUGAUGAUUUGGACUGUACCAUUACUGAAUUUUCGCAGGUAAAACACGUCACCAAAAAAUGUAAAGACAUAAUUAUCAAAGACCUGGUGGUACCUGGAGGCACGACAUUAAAACUCAGUCUUAAACAUGGGUCUACAUUGGAAUUCCAAGGAAAAACCUCCUUUAAAUACUUUAAUUGGAAAGGACCCCUUUUGAAAAUUAGUGGAGACCAUGUACAUAUUAGAGGUGCUGAAGGACACGUCUUACAUGGUGAUGGCCAAUUAUAUUGGGACGGUUUAGGCGCCAAAGGUGUCGUGAAACCCAAAUUUAUAGCCCUCAGUCUUAAUAAUUCCGUUAUCGAAAAUAUCAACGUCAAAAAUUGUCCAGUUCACUGUGUCUCGGUUUCAAACAGCAACAAUGUAAUUAUGUCAAAAUGGGACAUUGACGUAUCUGAAGGAAAUAAGAACAACUUCACAGGUCACAACACCGAUGGAUUUGACCUAAGCAGUAACAACAUCACAAUCAAAGACUCUGUUGUCAGAAACCAAGACGAUUGCGUUGUUGUAAAUAGAGGUUCCGAUUUUAUUGUUUCCAAUGUAAGUUGUUAUGGUGGACAUGGAUUGAGUAUCUCAGUGGGUUUUUCCGACGAUGAUUUUGAGCGCAAUUCCGUCCAUAACGUUUUGUUCGAAAACUGUUUGGUAGAUACUUCUCCUAAUGGAAUUCACGUUAAAACUCAUUCUGAUAGUGGCCCAGGUAUUGUGGACAAUGUUGUCUACAGGAACAUUAAAUUAAACAAUAUAAAUAAUUUUGCCAUUAAUGUCCAACAAGAUUACUCUGACGGCGAAGCCACUGGAACUCCUGGUACGAACAUUCCAAUCGUUGGUUUGGUACUGGAAAACAUUGAGGGACAUAUGGAGAGCCUCAAUGAUUCGCCAACGCUAGCUAAUUAUAUUUUGUGUGGAGAUAAAGCUUGUUCCAAGUGGGAAUUUAAAAAUAUUAAAAUUACAGGUGCUCAAAAUAAAAGUUUUUGUAAUUUUGUACCUGAUGGAUACGUUUGUUAAAAAAGUCUUAGAAUUUUAAUAAAUAUGUUUUGAUAAACUAUG